AUGAUUUCUAAACAAGUUAUUUCUCUAAUUUUUUUUCUUCCUCUACUAAUUCCGGUAGUAAACUCACUCAAAAUUCAGGAAGAAAAUGAAGAACGAAGUAUUCUUCUAAAACUCAAGAAAGAAUUUGGGAUUGAUUCAUCAUUCUUAAAAUCAUGGAGUUCGGAUACAUCUCAUCACUGUAAUUGGGAACGUAUUCAGUGUGAUGCUGCUGGUUCUGUUUCUGGAAUUCUAUUUCGAUUCAUGAAUAUCAAUGAAAGAGUUCCAGGUUUUAUUUGUGAUUUGAAAAAUUUAAUAGAAAUUGAUCUCAUUGGGAAUUUUAUUCCCGGGAAAUUUCCGCUUCCUAUCUUGAACUGUUCUGAACUUCAGUUUUUAGAUCUUUCCAUUAAUCAGUUCGUCGGAAAAAUUCCUAAUGAUAUCGAUAGGCUUUUAAAUCUCCGGGUUCUUAAUCUGGGAUAUAAUAAAUUCUCUGGUGAUAUUCCUUCUUCAAUUGGGAAAUUCCAGUUUCUGCAGAAAUUAAGUCUUCUUACUAACAGGUUUAACGGUAGUUUCCCGCCAGAAAUCGGUAACUUAUCAAAUCUCGAAUUUCUUGGAAUGGCUUAUAAUAAGUUUUUGCCGUCGAAAAUUCCUGACGAGUUCAGUAAAAUGACGAAGGUGAGAAACUUUUGGAUGCAAGAAAUAAACCUAUUCGGAAAAAUUCCAUAUUGGAUUGGUAAUUUUUCAAAUAUGGAUCGUCUAAGUCUUUCAACUAAUAAUUUGAGCGGGAAAAUUCCAGAGAAUUUGUUUUUAAUGAAGAAUUUAAAAAUUAUGGAUUUAUAUGAAAACAAAUUGUCAGGUGAAAUUCCAAGAGAAAUGGAAUGUUCGAAUAUGGAAGGAAUUGAUCUUUCUAACAAUGAGUUAACGGGCUCGAUUCCUGAAGGUAUUGGUAAAUUGAGGAAUCUGACAAGGUUAGCUAUGCAUCAGAAUCGAUUAACAGGAGAAAUACCAACAAGUAUCGGUUUACUUCCACUACUUACCAACAUUCAAUUGUUUACAAACAACUUAUCAGGUGAGCUUCCCAAAGAACUCGGUUUACAUUCCAAGCUUGAGGUCCUUGAAGUAUUCGAUAACAAACUUUCAGGAAAUUUACCUGAGAAUCUAUGCUUCGGUGGUGAAUUUCAUGGGAUUUCGGCGUUUUCGAAUAAACUUACUGGGGAGUUGCCGAAAGAACUCGCAAAAUGUCCUAGUUUAUCAAACUUAAUGAUAAAUGAUAAUCUGUUUUCCGGGGUACUUCCAGACCAGUUGAGUUCGAAUCUAAUUAUUCUCAACUUAGCGAAUAACAAAUUUGGAGGGAGUAUUCCAGCAGGUAUUGGUUCACUCAAAAAUCUUGAAAUCUUCUCUUUAAGGUCAAACAGAUUAAAUGGGUCGAUACCCAAAGAUAUUAUUCAUUUGCAAAAACUUCAGAUACUAGACUUAUCGCUAAAUAAUCUUUCGGGUAAUAUUCCUAAAGAAUUAGGAAAUCUGGAUGGACUAAUAAGGAGUUCUCUGCAGUCGGACGGUUAUGUUACUGGGUUUGGAUUGGAGAUGGUGAACAAAGGGGUCUUAACAGAACUUCAGAGAAUAUACAAAUAUAGCGCAUCAAUUGAUCUUUCGUGCAACAUUUUUGAUGGAACAAUUCCAGAAGAGAUAAGCUUAUUAAAAAUACUCUCUUCGCUUAAUUUGUCUCAUAAUUAUUUCUCAGGAAAUAUUCCAGCAACAAUCGGAAGCUUGUCAACAUUAGAGUCUUUGGAUUUAAGUUCUAAUAGAUUAUUUGGACACAUCCCGGAAUCUUUGACAACAAUAGACUCCCUCGGGGUUCUAGAUUUAUCUCACAAUAUGUUGAGCGGCAAGAUUCCAAGAGAGAGUCAUUUUGAUACGCUGAGUUUGGAUGGUUCAGCUUUCACUGGGAAUGAUUUAUUAUGUGGAUUUCCGACAGAGAAAGUUUGUGAAGAAAAAGGCGGAGUUAUUAAUCUUCCAGAUAAAGUUGACAAAAACGAUUUGUUAUUGUUUUGUGCUAGUGUGUCAUUGGGAAUUAUAGUUGGAUUCUGGGGUUUCUUCUUUGUCCUGCUUUUAAACAAACAAAAGUGGUGGUUUCCUUACUGGAGAUUUAUUGAUUCCGUUGCUAUUGAAAUAACAGUUUGUAUUCAAAAAAUUUGA